CCCCAGGUCACCGACAUAGUGACGGCUACAACAUCAUAGAUAGAUAUACACUAUGCUUUAUCGAAUAACGAAAUACAACAGCUGAGCAUGCCAAGUUCUAAGUGUUCUCUUGGAUGUGAUAUCGGAGGAUCCAUGUUUUGGCGUGGUUACAGCAGUCAAUCCUACAAGAAACAGGUUUCACCACACAACCCGUCGAGAAGGACCUACGUCCGAUCCAGCUGUAUCGCCCUCUAUGAGCAACUUAAAUAAAACGAUGAAAAGACCUCGUUUUCGUGACAUUAAUGCUUGAGAAGCUCUUAGAAAUUAUAAUCUUAACUUUCCAGAUCUUAUCUACCUUCUCCCAGGAUGCCUUGUCCUCGCUGUACCUAACCCACUGGAUAUACAGCUCGGUGCCGGUCUUAGUUGGCUUGUGUUCGAGUAUCUUGAAGAUAAAGAGAGAGUCCUCUGAGAGUCGAGCGCGUAUUCGAGAGGUGACUGUGACUGAUGAGGAAGCUCAAGCCGCGGAGGCCAUCGUUCGAGCGCGUUGGAGUGAGGUGAUUGUGACUGAGGAACUCAAGUCGAGGAGACAACUGUACGAGCGCGUUGGAGUGAGGGGAAGCAUAAGCCGCUGUUCGAGUAGAUCAGCCGAGGGCGGUCUGCGGGGUGAGCGCGAUGGAAAGCUCUAUCUGCAGAUGAAGAUGGAGACCUCGGUCCGAACCGUCAGGGGGAUAACACUAAAUCUACAAUGCAGGGAUGCCUUUGUGUAUAAUCUAGGGUUGCGGUUGGACCUGGUGGUCCUUCUCGUUAUACCAGGCAAGUUGCUGGCACUGCCGCCGCCGGCCUUGAAUUUCACUCUGGUUCACAGCCCCGCCCGGAUCAGAAGAAGGCACAACUCCAUUGAAGGCUUCUUCCUCUUUUCCUUCCACUUCCCUCCAGCUUCAGCAUCAUCACCAUUUAACCCUCAACGACAACAACAUCUACCAUCUUCAACAAAGGAGGAAAAGGAAAAGAAGGUGUCUAUCAAACGCUGCCAAGACCCUGCCUCCAUUACCGAGAUCCUCCACCCAAAGACCACCGCCGGGAGCGGAAGGGUUUCAUUGCUAUGCUCAGAGCAAUUCACCUAUGUCGAUAAAAAUGGCCGCACCGAGAUGAAAGAUCGACUAUGCUAUAUACUCCAGAAAGAACUUCAAGAUGCCAAUGAACCACUUGUCUACGCGUUCUUGGAGAGGAACAGAGGCCUAAACAUGUUCCAAAGUACUACCUCUAGCAACGGCAUCCAUGUCCAGAAGAUCCUCGACCACGCCCCCAAGGAUGUACCGCACCCAGACCGCUUCCUCGUACAACUCCAGGGCCGCCGCAAAUCUGAGGCAGAAUGGAGGCCUGUUGAACAAGUCCACAUCUACCACGCAACAGAUAUCGCGCUGUACUGUUGCAAGAAUAACAUAACCUUGAACCCUAACUGCGACUACGACUUCGAACCUACGAGUAAUCCUGAUAUAUGGCCUGAUGAGUAUAUAAUUAUGCAGAGCUUUAAGAAAAGUGAGGAGGAGACCAAGCAAGCUGCAGAGGAGGCCAAGUCGGUCGUAGAGGGGAGCAACAACGAGACCGAGCACGAGAUAAUCAUUAUAUCUGAUGAUAAUAGUGGCGAUCAGGGCGACGACGAGAUGGGAGAUUAGAGUUGAGGCACGUUGAAGACGGCCAGGAUGCGUGAGCUGAUUGCUUUGUUUAUCCUGCAGUUAGCAAAAAAAUACCUAAUACAUAACCAGUUGCCCAAUUCCCCCACGCUUGCCUAGGUACAUUGCCACUGACAUCCCGACACCGUGUUUAAUGUGUUU